GGGAGCAGCGUCACCUCCAAGAUCAAGACUUCCUGUCCAGCCGUCGUGGUUUGUCCAGUCUCUGCUGUUCCACCUGUGUCUGGAGGUGAAUGGUGUAGGGGGUCAUGCUGUGCCCGGCCCCACCCUACAGGAAUUACUACAAGGCUGCAUGGACCUGGUGCUGCACCAGCACCAGAACCUCAUACACACAGCGCAGGACAAGGACUGUCCGUUCCCUAUGACUCAGAACAGGUCUCUACAGCUGUUAUUUGACCUGAGAUAUCUCACUGCUACCCUGGGUACCAAACUAGAGGAUGGCAGGGGCUUCCGCUCUCAACAAGACCCCAGGGUUCAGCAGGUGUGUGAUUCGCUGGAGAGCUACAUUGAUCCCUUUGACCUGGAUGUGUUCAUGCCGCCAUUCAACAGCAACCUCAACCGCCUAUCACAGAGGAGUUCGGUGUUGUUGGGGUUGUUGACGGGGACAGAGAAGCAGUUUGUUUCCCGUGGUAACAGCGCGGCCUCUCAGGAACCCUACAACAUCCUGCCGCUGGCCAGCACCCAGAUCAGGUUUGGGCUGUUACCUCUGAGCAUGACCAACUCCCCGUAAAACCAAGUCCUCCACACAGGGAACUGACAUCACACGCCCACUG